CUAUUUGACGCCAUGCCCAUUUACCAGAUGGUCUGCAUUGCCGCCCACUUCCCAAAAUAUGAACAUAUUAAAGGGCUGGUAAAGCAAACAGUGGAGCAUGUUUUGGACGAAGGCGGAGUUGUUCGUACGAUUAAUUCCUGGGGAACCCGGUCUUUACCUCAAAGGAUGCGAAGACAUGGAAAUUACCACGAAAUUGCAGAUUAUUGGACUAUGCAUUUUGACACGGCACCUCGGACACUGCGUUCUCUCAACAAAUUGAUGCGACAAGACCCUCGUGUCAUCCGUUGGACGGUUCUCAAAUUGGGCAGCCGGCCAGAAGAUAUUGCCAAAGAAGGAGCCCUUGCCUUGCGCGGCCACAACGUCGAUAGUUUGGAUAUAUGA